CCGGCAAAUCGCCGGUUUUCCUUUUCUUGGUUUUCGAAGAAAACGAGAGUUUUUUUGUCUUUGUUUUCGGGAUCAGAUCAAGCCGUCGUUAGGAGAACUAGUUCGCCGCUCAAAGCACUCUCUCUCUCUCUGGACACUAAAAAGAUUCUCAACACGGGUCAGUCAGAUGGUCAGCUCGCAGUCUAGGAAUCUAAAACCAGAAGGGGUAAUAACCGCGAAACUGCUUCCGAGGCAAAAUACAAAAGAAGAUGAGAAAGUAAUCUCUUUUUUCCAGCUUUGAUUGAUUCGAAGAACGAGCUCAGACGUUCGUUGCCGUCGAGUCCAAGUUGGUGUAGUCACUGUUAAAAGGGUUCAUGGUCUGAACAUGCGAAUCGGCUUUUGUUUAGUCAGCGAAUCUCGUUAUCAGUACCCGCAAAUUCAUAUUCUUACUGAAAAUUCCAGUUCUCCGCUUUGUAUGCUCUCACGAUGACCAGAGAGUCAUCGGAAGGUCCAACCACCAGAGAUCUUCUCUGCAACGCUGGUGCCGGUGCCGCCGCAGGGGCUAUUGCUGCUACGUUUGUGUGUCCUUUGGAUGUAAUCAAGACAAGGCUUCAGGUCCACGGCCUGCCCAAUUUGCCCCAUUCUGGUAGCAGAGGUAGCCUCAUCAUUACAAGUCUGCAAAACAUAAUUAAAAAUGAGGGUAUGAAGGGAAUGUAUCGUGGUCUUUCUCCAACGAUAUUGGCACUACUUCCAAAUUGGGCAGUUUAUUUCACAGUUUAUGAGAAGCUCAAAGGACUGCUGCAUUCCCAUGUGGAUAGGGAUAACCAACUUACAGUUGGCGCAAAUAUGGUAGCGGCAACUGGUGCUGGAGCUGCCACAGCUAUUGCAACCAAUCCAUUAUGGGUUGUGAAGACCAGAUUGCAAACACAGGGAGUGAGAUCAGGUGUGGUACCUUAUAAAAGCAUUCUUUCUGCUUUGAGAAGGAUUUCACAUGAAGAGGGGAUCAGAGGAUUGUACAGUGGCCUUUUGCCUGCACUGGCUGGGGUAAGCCAUGUUGCCAUCCAAUUUCCAGUGUAUGAAAAGAUGAAGGCUUACUUGGCAAGAAGAGAAAAUACAACCGUUGACAAUCUUAGUCCUGGGCAUGUCGCCAUAGCUUCCUCAGUGUCUAAAAUACUUGCUUCCACAAUGACUUAUCCCCAUGAGGUUGUGCGUUCAAGACUGCAAGAGCAGGGGCAAGCUCGCAAUCCUGAGGUCCACUAUGCAGGUGUUACAGACUGCAUAAAAAAGGUCUUCCACAAAGAUGGUCUACCUGGCUUUUACCGUGGCUGUGCCACCAAUCUGUUGAGAACAACUCCUGCAGCUAUUAUUACCUUUACUAGUUUUGAGAUGAUUCAAAGGUUCUUGCAUCGUGUGUUACCUCCUGAACAGCAGCAUUCACAAGCCCACCCAAAGUCGGAUCAUGUGAAGCACCAGCCAGAAACUGGAGGGACUGGAGAACAGAGAGACAAUGAAAUUUUGCAGCCUUCACAGACCCAAUUAAAUAAGAUGAGCUCUUCAAUCCCUUUGGGGGGCAAGGAGCAACUCACAGCUAGACACUGACCAACUCUUCUUUCGCCUGUGGGUUGGGUUGAAAGGGAAAGGCAUAAUUAACUGUGGAGGUGAAUAAAAUGAUGCAUUUUUUGAAAAUUACCCUUCAUUUUUAUUUAUUAAUUUAUUUUGUUUA